GAAGAAAUCUCCAGAUCGGGGCUUAGAUCUCUCACUCUACACUACUGUCAUCUUCACAAUCACCAUCACGAUUCUUGUAAGAUUCUGUAUAUACAUUCAUUCAUACAUUCAUACAAUACUACAUUGCCUUGCACGGAAUCGGAAUCGGAUUCGUCGGAUUUCUGAUGCUCGCCAAUGGAUUUCAUCUAGCAACGCGAUUCAUUCAUCGUUUCUAACAGGUAAUGGCGUUGAAGAGAGGCUCUUCGAUUAACCGAGGCAAAGGCGCUGGAUCUUGCUUUCCGAUUGUCAUUUUUCUCUUUUUCUUGGUGCUUGCUCCGUUGAUAUUCUUUAUUGGAAGAGGUCGCUUAAAUACCGAUUCAAAUUACGGUCUCUCAUCUGAUGUUAUAGAUAAUACUAAACAGGACAUACAUUGGAGAGAAAAGUUAGCUUUAAAACAUUUGAAAUCUCUUUUCUCUAAAGAGGUCAUUGAUGUGAUAAAGGCCAACACAAAUGACUUGGGCCCUCAUAGUCUCGACGCUUUCAGGAAAAGCAAAUUUUUUGUUUCAUCAAGCAACAAGACAAGCCAAGAUGAUGAUCCAAAGAUCAAACCAGAAACACUUACUGCAAAAAAAGAUCCUCCUCCGCUUAUUGAUGAUUCUCCAGCAACACUAGCACGAAGGCAAAUGCGAGAAAAAAGGCGUGAAAAGCGUGCUUCUGACUUGGUAAAACAAGACGAUGAAGUGAUUAUAAAACUCGAAAAUGCAGCUAUUGAACGUUCCAAAUCUGUUGACUCGGCGGUUCUAGGGAAGUACAGCAUAUGGAGGAGAGAAAAUGACAAUGAGAACCCUGAUUCGAAUGUGCGGUUGAUUCGUGAUCAGAUGAUUAUGGCUAGGGUUUAUAUUAGCAUUGCGAAUUUGAAGAAUAAGACUGACUUAGCCUCUGAACUUAAAAAUCGACUUAAAGAGAGUCAGCGUACGUUAGGAGAUGUAACUGCCGAUGCUGACUUGCCACGCAGUGCACCUGAGAAAAUCAAAACUAUGGGUAGUGUACUGUCAAAAGCUAGGACAGCAUUAUAUGAUUGUCAGCUUGUGACUGGAAAGUUGAGAUCAAUGCUUCAAUCAGCAGAUGAACAAGUUAGAAGUUUGAAGAAACAAAGCACAUUUCUUAGCCAACUAGCGGCCAAGACUGUUCCUAAUGGAGUUCAUUGCUUGUCUAUGCGGUUAACCAUUGAUUACUACCUAUUACCUCAAGAGAAAAGGGAGUUUCCUAGAAGUGAGAAUCUCGAAAACCCUAAACUUUACCAUUAUGCUCUUUUCUCCGACAAUGUAUUGGCCGCUUCUGUUGUUGUCAACUCCACCAUCACGAAUGCUAAGGAGCCAGAGAAGCAUGUCUUUCAUCUUGUUACAGAUAAACUGAAUUUCGGAGCAAUGAACAUGUGGUUUCUGUUGAAUCCACCUCGAAAGGCAACCAUACACGUAGAGAAUGUGGACGAAUUCAAAUGGCUGAAUUCAUCGUAUUGCCCUGUUCUAAGACAGCUUGAAUCAGCAGCGAUGAAAGAAUACUAUUUCAAAGCUGACCAUCACACGACUCUCUCUGCCGGCUCAUCAAAUCUGAAGUACAGAAACCCUAAGUAUCUUUCUAUGUUAAACCACUUGAGAUUUUACCUUCCUCAAGUAUAUCCGAAGUUGGACAAGAUAUUAUUCUUGGACGACGAUAUUGUAGUGCAGAAGGACAUAACCGGAUUGUGGUCUGUAAACCUCCAUGGGAAGGUGAAUGGUGCAGUGGAGACAUGUGGUCAAAGCUUUCAUCGGUUUGACAAGUAUCUUAACUUCUCGAACCCUCAUAUCGCCAGACAUUUUGAUCCUAAUGCUUGUGGGUGGGCUUAUGGAAUGAAUAUGUUUGAUCUUGUUGAAUGGAAGAAGAAGGAUAUAACCGGUAUUUAUCACAAGUGGCAGAAUAUGAACGAAGAUCGUGUACUGUGGAAGCUUGGGACAUUGCCACCAGGGCUAAUAACAUUUUAUGGUCUAACACAUCCGCUUGAGAAAACAUGGCACGUGCUCGGUUUGGGUUAUAAUCCGAGCAUUGACAAGUCUGAGAUAGAGAACGCGGCUGUUGUACAUUACAAUGGGAAUAUGAAACCGUGGCUAGAGUUGGCUAUGAGCAAGUAUCGAUCCUAUUGGACUAAGUACAUUAAGUUUGAUCACCCCUAUAUCCGAGGCUGCAAACUCAGCGAGUGAAAAACAAAAAAUGCGGGUUGGUAACUUUUGCUUCCAAUGGCAUUUGUUUAUUCUUUCUUUUGACGAUGAAUAGGAGAACAGUUUAAAAACACUUGUAGUUCCAUCGAUCAUUGUGAUGAAUUUAUACGAAAACUUAUUAUUAUUAGUAUUAUUAUAACUUCUUGUGUGUUCUACUAGGUUUGGCCUUCCAUUUGGAAUCAAAUAGAUUAUCUUCUUCAUAUUCUUUUUAUU